AUGCUAAAAUUGAAAAGGCUCAGCUUACCUUGCUACAAUCGGCAAGCACUGCUGAAAUUUAAGAGGCUCACCUUCUCUGGUAGCCUGGUCAAGGCAUCGGGGAAGGCGCAGCGCCGGUGCGGCGUCGGGGAAUCGGGUCCCGGCAGUGGCGGCGCCUCCCUCCAGCGCCAAAUGCCCAGGUGGCACGGUGCCGGCAGUGGCCCAGGAGCUCGAUUUCUCCUGGAGGCUGGGAAGAGAGGAGGGCGGAGGCCGGACCUGGAAUCCGGCGGCGGGAGGUGGAAUCCCCGGCGGCAGGAGCUGGAAUCCGGCGGCGCGGCCCCUCCAUAUUCCAUCCAGCCACUGGUUCCUCUGCUCUACCUCCUCACGCAGCUCUACCCCUCUGCUUCCUCUGCUUCGUUCGCCUGCAGAUCUGCGCUUCCACGACUCUCCUCUGCAGCUCUUCCCCUCAAGGAUUCGUGGCUGCUAGCUCUGCUCCAAGGAUUCGUGGCUGCUUGCUCUGCUCCACCUCACGUCAGCUCAGAGUCAGAGCUGCAGCUUGCUGUCUGGGGAAAGAAAAGUGAGUUCAGAAUUCAGAUCAUACAAAGGGGAUGCAUGCUACAUGAAACAAGCCAACAAGGGCUGCUGGAUAGAGGAGGAUCAGUGGUACAUGUGCUCCAGAACAGGAACCAAAAAGGUAUGUAUGUGCAUGUUUGUGCUGCCUCUAUUUUAGAUGAGGGUAUGUGUAUGGCGUCGCCUCGCCGCGCGCCUUAUUCGCCUAGGCGUCUGGAAGGGGGUGGGUCGCCGCACCUCGCCUUUCCUCCUUAAAAACCAUGAUCUUGACCCGUUUUAGAAUGCAUCUUCUAGGCUUCGUAUUAAAAACUAAAUAAAAAUUAUUUGCAAAACAUUUUGAGUGAUGAUUAUAAUUUU